CGCCAGUGCUUCCGGGUCGCGGUCAUUUUGAUCCCGUAUUUGGGUGACUUCUUGGAGGCCAAGUUGCUGUCUGCUCCCCACCCCCAACUCUGCUGCGGUGCAGCCCCGCGCGCCUUCCCCUCUCUUGGCCUUUCCAGGCCUUCUGCCCCCGAUCGCCCGGACUCGCCGCGCCGUCGCUCGCCGCUGUCGUCAGGAGGAAAGAUGAAUGGGAGGGCUGAUUUUCAAGAGCCGAAUGCAGAAGUUCCAAGACCAAUUCCCCACAUAGGGGCUGAUUACAUUCCAACCGAGGAAGAAAGAAGAGUCUUCGCAGAGUGCAAUGAUGAAAGCUUCUGGUUCAGAUCUGUGCCUUUGGCUGCAACAAGUAUGUUGAUCACUCAAGGAUUAAUUAGUAAAGGAAUCCUUUCAAGUCACCCCAGAUAUGGGUCCAUCCCUAAACUUCUAUUUGCUUGUAUCAUGGGAUAUUUUGCUGGAAAGCUUUCUUACGUGAAAACUUGCCAAGAGAAGUUCAAGAAUCUUGAGAAUUCCCCUCUUGGAGAAGCUUUACGCUCAGGACAAGCACGGCGAUCUUCACCAUCUGGGCACUAUUCUCAGAAGUCAAAAUAUGACUCAAAUGUGAGUGGUCAUUCAUCUUUUGUGACAUCUCCAGCAGCAGACAACAUAGAAAAAGACAUGCUUCCUCAUUAUGAGCCAAUUCCAUUCAGUGCUUCUAUGAAUGAAUCUACUCCCACUGGUAUUACUGAUCAUAUUGCCCAAGGACCUGAUCCCAACCCUGAAGAAAGUCCUAAAAGAAAAAAUAUUACAUAUGAGGAAUUAAGGAGUAAGAACAGAGAGUCAUAUGAAGUAACUUUAACACAUAAGACUGACCCCUCAGUCAGGCCUAUGCAGGAAAGAAUGCCAAAAAAAGAAGUCAAAGUAAACAAAUAUGGAGAUACUUGGGAUGAGUGAAAAAUUGCAUCAUUGGACCUACUGAAGGAGUUUUCAAUAUCCAGCCUCACCUAGGUGGUCAUGAAUAUCUGCAUGCUUUGAGCUCAGCAGCAGUCUUCAUAAACACAUUUAAAACUAGAACCUGGGUUCUUGUGGUUUGGCUUAUUAAAAUGAUGUUUAAAACACAGAUUUUAAUGUGAAUGUUGUAUGGCUAUAUUCACCUUGAGGAACUAUAUGAAUGAUGGUGUUAUGCCAUGGUCACAUGCAGUUUGUGAAAUUGUUUUAAGUUACAGGAUAAGGAUACUCUUCUAAAACUGUAAAGAGUCUGUAAUUCUCUAGGAUCAGCAUAUAUGAAAAUAAAUGAUAGCUGCAUGUGGAUUUGGGGUGGGUGGCGGGGGGGAGCAAGCAUAAUUUUAAGUGUUAAGCUUUACAUCCAAAAAAUUAUUAAAAAGCCUUUCUCCGGUGUUUGCUGUAUUUACUUAUUAAUGUGUAUGGUAAAUAAAAUAUAAAGGAACAUGCA